AAAGAAAACAUGAGAGAGCAAAGAGGUAUAUAGAGGUCUUUAUUCUCGCUUUCUGGGUAUUCUAUCCACAGAAUCAUCUCAUCUUCAUCAUGUCUACUACCCACACUCAGACCAUCGCCUCGUCUGCUGCUACCAUGCCUUACCUUUCAGGCACUCGUCCAUUCUCAUCGUAUCAUACACAAGGAAGCCCAUUCUGUUCAGAGCGAAGAGUGGCCAUCUCAGACAAGUUCGAGUUGCAGACUCGCAUUCAGUAUCUUGGUUUUGACUGGGUACACAAACUCUCCCAGGCCAACACCACCAAUACAGCCCUCACUCAAGAGAAAGGCUUUCAGUCACAACUCAAGUACCAAAGUGGGCAACGCUACGCGACAGAAUUCGAAGUCGACAACGCCUUCUCCGGCUAUAGGCUUUCGUAUCGUCUCGACAACUCCGUCAGGCAAAAGACCUUCACGCAAAGCGAAACACACGGCGAAAGACAGACAAGACAGUACACCAUCCCAGCACAAUCAUCACUUCAAGUCUACCAGAAGGUGUACAAAUUCCGUCUCUUCCAUUCUCUUCUCUACACCCAACACUCCCAAACUGCGGCUGUGACAUACCCAGCCGGCGAUCGGAUAUCCUGGCCAAACCUAAUCGACAUCGAGGCCGACGAAUUCCUCUCUUCUGACGAGUGUCUGACUGGACAGGGAGAAGUUCGAGUCGAAAAUCCACAGCCCGAACCUUCCCUCGCGCACAUAUCCUUCGACGAUCUUCCCUUAUCCGACCGGUGUGACGUGUAUACAUCUCUCAGUCGUUGGAGGCCUGAUAUCUCGGGUUUGGGUGUGUCCACAUUUGACCUUACACCCCCAGGGAUAGCACAGAUCCCAGACUUCUUCGAGUCAAAGGAGGUUAGAGACUGGAGAAAGAGUGUUGAGGUUGACCAAGCUAGAAGAGAGGACCAAGCUUUGGGUAGCAAGGAUCAAUAUGCGUUUGGAUCGCCACAGUCGGGAUCAGCAUCGUGUGACUGGGUUCUUUUUUAUGAGUAAAGUGUUGUUGUAUCAUGGUUGAUGAAUCUCACGGGUGUUGGUAUUUAGCGGUUUGGACUAGGUUAUAGCUAUCAGUAUUUGUUUUCCUGAUAUCAAUCUUAUGCACUUACAUUUAUU